CAAUGCAUUAUAUUAUGAUAGCAAUCAUAUGUGUGGCCAUCACUGGCACAGCGGGUGUGGACCCGACUAUCGGUGCCAUAACUCACGCCCAGAGAGGGAUCGAUAGGUCUGUCCGGGCAUUGGAUGACAAGCGGAUGACUCAUGUGUGUAGUCAUCAUAUUAUGAGCCAAAUGACCGAAAUAAGCGGAAAAGUGGCCGAUUGUUUGGGCACCGGGAGGUGGGGGCUGACCCGACUCACCCCUCCCGACCCCGUAUUGCCCGCUUAUUGUUGCGCUAUUCACGAGAUGUUUGGUGUCAUGUAUUUAUGGUUGGACAGACACUGCAUCCGAGUGUCGGACGAAUCAAACUCUUUCUAUCGGUUGGUUAGAGACAAAUGCACACAAAGUGGCAUUGAUUUGAGUGAUGGUUACUGUGAGGGUCAGCCCAGUCGACGCCCGAUGAGCGCCCGAUGCGAUCAAUUUGUACUGUCGUUGAGCGGCGGUGACUUGUCUUUGAGCGCCGGUGACUAUCCGUGGCCCUUGUCGUCGACUACCCGUCCUCUCCCGGCCAUGAGUUCGGUAUUAUUGGUGGCGAUUGUGGUGUCGAUUGCUGUUAAUGUCUAUGGGUUUUAA